AUGGAGACCACAUUACCAGUCGCGUGCCUGUUGUCACUUUCUGUACUGCUGUGUGAAAGUUAUCAUCACAGGGUGGAAACAGCUACUGUUGUGCAGACAGCGGAGAAAACUCUCCUAGAAAAGGCAUCUGGCAUCAAUGUUGACUUGGCAGGGCUAAUACAGAGACUUCAUCUUCAAGAACUUUUCCAUCGCUAUGGAGAAAACAACACUCUGACGAUUGACGGAUUUAGAAAACUGCUUCAGAACAUAGGUAUAGAUAAAAUGAAAAGGAUUAAAAUAGACCACGACCAUGAUCAUCACCUUCAUCAUAAUCACGUUGCAUCCAGUAAAAGUUCUGAGAAGACUGUUUGCCCAAACCAUGACCAUGAUGCUAACAGAGUUCCUGUGAACAGUCACUUACAGGAACUGCACAAAGCAGAAAAUGCAGAACAUGGGCAAAACUUGUUACACAGCAAGCACACGGUUAGUGAAAUAACUGCGUCUAUCAGUGCUACUCCCACAGAUGGCAAUUACGAAUUACAGAAUUUGGGAACUGGAGGAGCAAAGUCGGUUGCUCGCUUAGGUCUGAUGAACUCUAAUGCCAUUAAUGCCACAGACAGCAAUAAUACAAGUUGGCUUGCUAAUGGAAGAGCAAACGAAUCUCUUAUUUUUGCAAAGGAAUCAGAAAGAGGAAGACACCUGUACUCCAAGUUUAAAAUCCAAAACACCCAAGAGUGUUCCAAUGCAUCCAAACUGAUGCAGUCCCAUGGCAUAGGUACACAAGCGUGGUUGACUGCUACAGAAUUUAGUUAUCUCUGUCCAGCUAUUAUUAAUCAGAUUGAUGGCAAGUACUGCAUAGUCCAUGCAGCUAGUGAAAAAGCUGAAACUCCUCCAAAAGGUUACUCUUUGCAGAUAGCUUGGAUUGGUGGCUUUAUAUCCAUCUCUGUCAUCAGUUUUCUUUCUUUACUGGGUGUUAUAUUGGUGCCUCUGAUGAAUCGAGUAUUUUUCAAGUUCCUCCUAAGUUUUCUUGUGGCCCUGGCUGUGGGAACUUUAAGUGGUGAUGCUUUCUUACAUCUCCUUCCACAUUCUCAUGGAAACCAUCACCAUCAUCAUGAAAAACCUCUACUUGAACAAAACAAAGGCUCUCUCUUCAAACAUCUUGUUUUUCAAAGUGCAGAAGAGAGUGCUUAUCUGGAUUCUACAUGGAAGGGGCUUACAGCACUUGGAGGCUUAUAUUUCAUGUUUCUAGUGGAGCACUUGAUAACUUUAAUAAAGCAAUUUAAAGACAAGAAGAAAAAGAAAAGAAAUGAAGAUGAUGGAGAAAGUAAGAAGUUUUCAGCGAAUGAAGAGAUGUUAGAUACAGAUGAUCGACCUGAGGGCUAUCUCGGGACAGAUUCGCAAGAUCCAUCGCCCUUCAUUUCUCAGCAACCGGCAGUACAAGAAGAGGAAGAGGUCAUGAUAGCUCAUUCUCAUCGAGAGGAGGUUGACAACGAAUACGUAUCCAGGGGCUGUAGGAACAAGUGCCACUCUCACCUGCAUGAUACUUUAGGGCAAACAGAUCAUCUCAGUCACCACCACCAUGACUACCAUCACAUUCUGCACCAUCACCAUCACCAGAACCAUCAUCCGCAUAGUCACAGUCAGCGCUAUUCGCGACAAGAGCUGCAGGAUGCUGGGAUAGCAACUCUGGCAUGGAUGGUGAUUAUGGGAGAUGGACUACACAACUUCAGUGAUGGCCUUGCAAUUGGAGCAGCAUUUACUGAAGGAUUAUCUAGUGGUUUAAGUACUUCUGUGGCUGUAUUUUGCCAUGAAUUACCUCAUGAGCUGGGAGAUUUUGCCGUGCUUCUGAAGGCUGGUAUGACUGUCAAACAAGCAGUGCUUUAUAACGCUCUGUCAGCUAUGCUGGCCUAUCUUGGAAUGGCAACUGGGAUUCUUAUUGGGCAUUAUGCAGACAAUGUUUCAAUGUGGAUAUUUGCCCUUACUGCAGGCUUGUUCAUGUAUGUGGCGCUUGUGGAUAUGGUGCCUGAAAUGCUCCACAAUGAUGCUAGUGAUCAUGGAUGUAGCCGCUGGGGAUAUUUCCUAUUACAGAACGCUGGGAUUCUAUUGGGCUUUGGGAUAAUGCUGCUUAUCUCUGUAUUUGAACAUAAAAUUGUAUUCAGCAUAAACCUGUAGUCUUGCUCACUAUGAGCAAAGCUUAGUGUUAAGUUAUGUUUGGUA